GGUUAGCUUUCAGUAGCUGAGCUUUAUGGCCCUGGCCUAGCGAUUCUCCCAGUCUCUUAAGUAUCCUGAAAUUUCGUUUCACCAAACCUGAGCCGCACGUUUGUUUUGGGCUUGCGCCAUUUGUUUUACCAGAUACAGUACGCGAUAAACGUUUACAAGGCACAUUAGCCGCCUGUGGAAUAGCCGUGGUCGUUCGCCGGCUCGCCGGAGAAAUGAACACCCUUGCCAAGGGUGUCAAGCCUGCGACACCGCUUGGCACAAGCCGUUCGGCCUGCUCCCAUCCAUUUCAAGCUUUUUGCAAUGGACCAGCGGCGUUCAAGCUGCAACAUCUGGCACAACGCCAGGCUCUGCUGCUUGCCGUGUCCGCUGCCCCCAAGCGCCGCUACUACGACUACGACGCCAGCGACUCCGUCAACCUGGACUCCCUGGAUGAGGCGGAGGGCGGCAAGAUGAGCAAGUACGCGGACCUCAUGAACAGGGCGGGGGCGGAGGGAUACCCCCCCGCCACCCCCGGCUACCCCCCCCCACAGCAGCAGCAGCCCCAGCCCCAGCCCGCCGGCCGCCAGGGCGCAUACGCCCAGCAACAACAGCUGCAGCAGCAGCAACUGCAGCAGCAGCAGCCGACAGCUGACACCGCCUACAUGGACCCCUACCAGUACAACCCCAACCAGUACGGUAAUUAUAACGGCAACCAGUACGGCAGCUAUACCGCCGACCAGUACGGCAGCUAUACCGCCGACCAGUACGGCAGUUAUAACGGCAACCAGUAUGGCAGUUACAAUCAGUCCGGGUACCGCAAUCAGGGCUACAAUGCAGGAGGGGGGUACGGCACGGGCGGUUACUACAACCCCCCAGCAGCAGGAAGCGAUGCUGCUGCUGCUGCGGGGGGUGCUUGGGGCGCGGAGUACGGCACCGCGGUGGAUCCUGGGGCUGCAGGUGUCGCCCCUGCUCCUGCUGCUGCCCCCCCUGCGGGAGGCGUCGCCGGCAACGGUGGCGCUUACGGAGCGGGCAUGUUUGCGGAUGUGGCCUUUGAGGAGGCCUGGGGCAUGUCGGAUGGAGCUGAUGGGGCGGCGGGUGGCGCGUACUAUGGGAGGCUACCAGCGAGGCUACACAAACGGAGGCGGAGGCGGCGGCGGCUACGUGAAUGGCGGAGGCGGCACCUACGCCUGGGCUUCCGGCACCGGAGCAGCGGGCGCGGGAGUGGGCGCGCUGCAGUCCCCGGACUAUGACUGGACUGCCGACCCGUUGUAUGAGGAUGUGCUGCGGGGGGGGACGGGCGGGUACUAUGUGGGGCGGGACAGCAGCUUGGGACUGGGUCGGCGGGGCGCGCGGGACAGCUACAAGAUGGCGUUCGAUGACGAGUACUCGGAUGAGCCCACGGAGGUGAAGCCGGUGGUCAAGGUGGACAGUGUUGUUAUCAACGGCAAGACGCUGCAGGCCAACGCGGGCAUCACCGCCAAGCAGGUGUUCCUGCUGGGGGCGGGGCCGGAGAGGCAGCCGCUGGGGGCCAUGCCAACAAGCAGGGCGCAGGCCCUGGCUGACGAGGCCAAGGAGGACCUGCUGCUGAUCAACCCGGACGCCUCGCCCCCGGUGGCACGCAUCGUCAACUGGAGCAAAUACAAGUAUGAGCUGGAGAAGAGUGCCAAGGAGAGGAAGGCAAAGAGCAGCAAGUGAGAUGGGGGGGAGGGGAGGGGAGGGAGGCAGGGAGACCAUGCCUGUUCAGCAUGCUGCAGCUACCGGUAAUAGAAGGGAGGGAUGUGGAGCAGUGAGGGCACAGGGGCGAAGGCGGGUUGGCACACAGCUGUCGCACUGCGCCCGCCUGCGCCCUCCGCCCUCCGCCUCGCCCCAUCAUGAACCCCCCUUCCAGAGGGUCAUGAGAGGGUCAUGGGAUUGGGGUUCCACUUCCAGCACCUCCAGCGCCUCACUUCGUCCUCCUUACCCUCCUCCCCCCCAACCCCACCAGCACCGAGACCAAGGAGGUGCGGCUGCGCCCCUCCACCGACUCGGGCGACAUCGCCGUGAAGCUCAAGAGCUGCUCAAAGUUCCUGGCAAAGGGCGACCGCGUGAAGCUGGUAAUGAAGUUCGAGGGUCGGGAGCUGCAGUUCAAGGAGCAGGGCAAGGAAGUGCUGCUGAACUUCAUUUCCGAGCUGGCCUCGGUGGCCAAGGUGGAGGGGCCGCUCAACUUCAAGACCGGGACCUACACCAUCAUGCUGGCGCCAAACAAGCCGUAAAGGAGGGGGGGCGGGAAGGGGCAAAGACCAAAGACCAACAAGCCAUGGUGAGGAGCCGGUGCCGGGGGGAAGGGCCGGCAUGCACGCGCUCUCCUGAGCCUGCUGCUGCGGCUACUGAAGGCCACCCACCCCCCAGCAUGGGUGCCAACAGCGCCCCGGCAUGAGGCGGAGCAGGGCAUGAGGCGGAGCAGGGCAUGAGGCGGAGCAGGUGUGUGUGUUAAGGAAACUGUAUGUGUGGGUGGUGUUUCCCACACCGUGUGUGUGUAUAGUGGUAGCGGCUUGUACUGGAGCGGCUUUUGUGUUGGCUCGGCUGGGCUUGGCGGAGUGCUUUCCCCCUGGAUUGGUGAUGGGGGCAAUUAGAAGCUAGGGUGAGAUACUGGAUUCAGAAGUAGCGGAAAAAGGUAGCUAGCUGUUACUGCGUAUUUUAGAUUGUUGCUGCUGUGGGAAUGCUUUGCUGUCGAGGACACGCUAGAAGAAGGAUAGGAGAGGCACUUUGCUGGGUUGCGCUUUGCUGCUAGGCAAGGCAGGGUCGUUUCGUGUAUUGUGGCAUGUGGAAAGAGAUGGUGCAAUGGUGACACUGUCGCGUAGGUGAGAUAGAUGGUGCCACUGCCGCCCAGGAAUGAAGAGGGAGGGAGGGAGAGUAGUGCCGGCCGCUGCAUGGGCCGGUAGGCCAUGGAAUUGAGAGAUGAUGUUCAACUGUCGGUGAAGGUGGUGGUGAUGAGAGGGAGUGAACUUAGCGGCGGUGUUGUUUCAAGGCAGCGUGGAUGCGAAUUCGGCGGCAUAUCUGAGCCACGAAUAAGAGCGAGGGGGGUGCCGCCACGCAAGACAGGGGCGCCUAAGGAGGGAACACGCAGCCUGUCACGUGCCAUGGGUGCUGUGUGGUUCGUUUGUUUGUUGCCAAAUGCAGACGCUUCCGCCGAGGGUAGAGAUGCCAAAUGCAGACGCUUCCGCCGAGGGUAGAGGUAGAGAGAGAGAGGCAAGGGACGUGCACCCAGCUGAAAGGAGGGAAGGGAGGGAGGAAUGAAGCUCUCCCAAGCAGGCAGGGUGUAAAGAGCGGUGCGCUGCAGUCACCGCUGCGGUGAGCUGCUAUACUGGCCGGGAGAGGAGUGUGCCGCAGCGCGAGAUGAGGAGAGGUGUAGUCGUGGCCACUGCUUGUCACUGCUGUAGCAGUGCUGUUGCCCGAGAGAGAGAGAGAGAGAGGUGUAUAAGUUUUAGGGCCAAAUGGCUUUUGGUGAGACUGAGAUUGCUGGUUUGCUACGCGCCCCUCCUACUGCUGCUGGCGGGUGCGAGAGAGUGUGAGAGAGAUGUAACCAACUUGAAGUACAGGUACCG